AUGCAGUCAGCCUGGAUGGUGCUUGCCUGCUGCUCCUUCGUCUUGAGCAUCACAGAGGACCCUUCCAGAGAUUUCUGUCUCCAAAACCUUAACUCAGGCGUGAAGCCAGGGUUUCCCAAAACAAUGAAGACGGAUAACCCAGGAGUCCUCAAAGCUGCCAGACACACCGCUGAAAGGUUCAAUAACUGCACAAAUGACAUUUUCUUGUUCAAAGAGUCCCAUGUCAACAGAGCCCUGGUACAGAUAGUGAAAGGCCUGAAAUAUAUGCUUAACUUGGAAGUUAGCAGAACCACCUGCAAGAAAAUCAGGCAUCCCUGUCUGGACAAUUGUGACUUCCAAACCAACCACAACUUGACACAGACAUUCAGCUGCUACUCGGAGGUCUGGGUUGUACCCUGGCUUCACAAGUUCACAGUGCCUGUUCUCCUCUGUCAAUGA